AAAAACGCCAAAAUGCUGGAAAUCUGAAACCGCAACAGAAGUGGCCGUCACCUCUCAGGGGGUCCGGCAGCGGCUGCGGAGCCGGGACGAUUUAUCGAACACGGUGAGGUCUGUAAGCAGUGCUGAAGGGACUCGCAAACCCAUCGAAUGUCUUGGAUCCAGGAGAAGAAGCUUCACCUUGCUGAGCGGCUCAGUGCAUGCGUUUUAAAGGUUGGCCCGAUCCCGAAGCAUGUGGCAUUCAUCAUGGAUGGGAACCGUCGAUAUGCUGAAAAGCGGCAGGUGGAAAGACAACAGGGCCACUCUCAGGGCUUUGAGAAGCUGGCAGAGACUCUCCGGUGGUGCUUGCACCUGGAUAUCCAGGAGGUGACUGUCUACGCGUUCAGUAUCGAGAACUUCAAACGCUCGAAAGAGGAGGUGGAUGGGCUGAUGGAACUCGCACGGCAGAAGUUCACACGACUUCUCGAGGAACAGGACAAUUUGAAGAAACACGGUGUUUGUAUCCGGGUUCUGGGUGACCUGACCUUGCUGCCUGUGGACAUCCAGGAGCUGAUUGCACAGGCUGUACUUGCCACUCAGCAUUACAACAAGUGUUUCCUGAACGUGUGCUUUGCCUAUACCUCCCGGCACGAAAUCAGCAAUGCUGUUCGUGAGAUGGCCUGGGGAGUCGAGGAAGGAAUACUGAAGCCCAGUGACGUGUCCGAGUCUGUGCUGGACAAAUGCCUUUACUCCAGUGGGUCUCCAAACCCAGGGCUGCUGAUCCGGACAUCCGGGGAGGUGCGUCUCAGUGACUUUAUGCUGUGGCAGACAUCCCAUUCAUGCCUGGUUUUCCAGCCCGUGUUGUGGCCAGAGUAUUCAUUCUGGAACCUGUGCCAGGCCGUGCUGCAAUACCAGAUGAACUACACAGCCAUACAGAAAGCCAAAGACUUGCAGGUUGCGGACUGCAAGCGACGGCAAGCGGAGUCUGAUCGCGCCUGUGUGUUGGAGCUCCUGGAGCAGAGUCCCUCGGGGAAUGUGGAGGACGGGCAAUUGGAUCAGAACCAGGUGCAACAGUACACAGCGGAACGAGAGCAACGAGUUACCAGCUUCCUGUGCGCACUCGAACAGAAGCGCAAGAAAUUCCUCAGUGAUCUUGUAGCGGGCUGCCCACCGUUUGUAUGCUCAUAGGAGAGGCAUCAACAUCCUGCUGCAAUCCACAGGACAGGACACGUGUGAGGGAACAAGUGCAGUCAGUAUAGGCAUUGCUGGAACAAACAGUUUGGCUUCAAUAUUUACCUGUCUACAGGUCAGGAGAAUUGUCCCACAUGAGGUAUUCACUUCAUUCCUGAUUCUUCAAACUGACGUCCCCUUUCACCCCUUCCCAUUCCCGGCCUCGAGUCCUGUUCCAAACCUGUGGGAUUUUGUUACCGGCAAAACUCUGCCAUUGAGGAUCUAAAUGGCAUGUUUCUUAAUGAGAAAUGCAUGUAACAAAUGAUGGGGGGUCGGGGGGGAUUUCAUUCUGGUAACCGGAAAUGCGUCACAGCAACAUCAAAUGUGGGAACAACUGGAGUAGAAUUCCAGAGUGGAGCUCGGAGUAAUAUGCUUCAGGGAUCAGGGUGCUAUCGCGAUGUGAGUGCACAUCCCAGUGGUAUGUGUGGUGGAGUGGGGAGAGACACAGUCCCAUUGGGGCGGUCACUGGCUAGGUCACAGGAGGACUAAUCUCCAUUUAUUGCAGUGCUGCUGAGACUGAGAAAGCGGCAGUACUUGUACUCCACUCACUGCAAUGUAAUUGUUCUGCUGUCACCCCCAAAAUGGGAGAGACCAGUGAUUGUGAAGAUGCCUCACUCCACCCUUGUAUGCCAGCUCACAGACUAACCUGGACACUUGACCUGGUUCCCUGUGGCCCCUGAGUGUGUGUGAAUCCUCCUCAGCCCAUCACAGUCCCCUACUCAUUCAGGGAUUUGGUGAAUAUGGGCAUGUCCCGUUUAUAUAAUUUAUAUGUUAAAAUAUUUUGAGCUCAUAUACAUUCUAACAUAAUUGUGUCUGAAGAAAGAAUUUCAAAAAAACAGAAUAAAUUUCUAUUC